AUGUCACCAGGCGUCUUCCGUUGUCUUCCAGCAAUCCCCUACGUCAGACGUACACCAGCAAUUGUGUCUUACGUAGGUUGCUCAGACGCAACUCCAGUAACCUGGGAGAGCAGGCUCGAGGCCCUCAUUGGUGGCCUGCGUUGUUCCCUCUCUCACCUCAUCUUCUACGUUCGAUUAGGUAUGAAGCCGGAAGCCUUGGAUGCCAUGGCCACUCAGACAAUGAGGCCUGAGGCCUUGGAUGCUGCCACGGCUCCAGACGCUGAAAAGGGACAACCACCCUCAGACAAGACCAAGUCUGCCACGCCAAAGAAGUCCCCAGUCCCUACUACACGACCAGGCUCCCCUCCCAGCGACGAAGCCGAUAACACCCAUUCCGUAGGCCAGGUCGUUGAGAAGGUCGUCCAUGAAGUCAAAGCCGUAAUCGACGGCGUCCUCUCCUGGGCCGAGGACAAGGCCGAUGGCCUCAGCGCCAAACAAGACGACACCGGACCUUAUUCUUCACCAGCGCUAUGUGCUCCCUCAGACAUGGAUCCUAUUGCAAGCGGCAUUCUGCCUGCCAUGCCUUCUGAAGACGCACGCGAGCAUGAUCGAGAAGCUAGGCAGGAUGAGAAGUCCAGCAAGGUCGUCAGCGAGGACAACAGGGAGCGGAAGAAAGAAUAA